AUGGAUUCUUAUGGAAGAAUGGUAGAUCCCAAGUGCUAUGGUUUCUAUGGCAGAUAUUCUGACAAUGAGAGAUAUUACAGUAGAUCUAUGUACAACUAUUACGGUUUCUAUGAUAACGAUAGGUUCCAUAGACACGGUUUUUUCAUGGACUUCCCAGAGAGGUUUCUGGAUAUGUCCAGAUAUCAGAUGGAUAAGAAUGGAAAGUUGAUGAACAUGCAAGGGUACAACUCCAACCCCUACUGUUAUAUGUUCAACACUUCAAGACAUGGCUACUACCCUGGCUACCGCUAUGGUCGUAAUUAG